AAAAUCGAUAGCCUGUGCAUGUUUUUCUUUCUAACAUAUUUUUAUGGGUGUCCUAGCUUAUCGCACAAAUUGUAUAUUAGAACAAGGCCUAUUGUUUUUUAAUACACCUAUUUCACUUAUGUACAAAUAAAAAUAUAAUUUAACAUAGGUACUUCCAUGGAGAAAGGUAACAAAUUAAAUGAUUGAACGAACGAGUUGAACGAUGGCGGAGUGGGGCAGUGUGCGGGAGGGGGCUUGUUUUUAGCAGCAAGGUCGUUCUUUGUGUCAAAAUUCUACUUCUUGUUUCUAGUGACGAACAUUUAUUAUUUUCAAGUAUUUACCUAAUUCAGUGAGUGAUUAUUUUGUACUUGGUUAAAGUAACUGACUUGAGUGUAAGCUGUUGUUUGAAGAUCUUAGUUUUUAGAGCAAUCCAUACACUUCGAACGUUCCAAUGAGUUUGGGAGGAGGUCAAAACACUGAGGGCUCAAAUGCAGGAGAAAUAUUUGUUCAAUUCAACCAAGAUUGCACGUCUCUGGUGGCGGGCAGCAGCAGCGGGUACCAUCUGUUCGCGCUGACCCCAGAUGAUGGCAUCGAAGAAAUUUACGCCAGUCGCUCAGGUCAGGAGACCUGCCUCGUCGACCGUCUCUUCAGCAGCUCUCUGGUGGCUGUUGUCACAGUAUCCGCACCCAGAAAGCUGAUAGUAUGCCAUUACAAGAAGGGUACCGAGAUCUGUAACUACAGCUACAGCAACACCAUCCUCGCAGUGAAGCUCAACAGAUCCAGGCUGAUCGUGUGUCUGGAGGAGUCGCUGCACAUCCACAACAUCCGCGACAUGAAGAUCCUGCACACCAUCCGCGACACGCCGCCCAACCCGCGCGGCCUGUGCGCGCUGUCGCCCUGCGUCGACCACUGCCACGUGGCCUACCCCGGCUCCAGCGCCGUCGGCGAGGUGCAGAUCUUCGACGCCGUGCACCUGAACGCCAAGUGCGUGAUCAGCGCGCACGACAGCCCGCUGGCGGCGCUGGCGUGGUCCAUGUGCGGCCGCCGGCUGGCCACGGCGUCGGAGCGCGGCACCGUCAUCCGCGUGUUCGCCGUGCCCGAGCGCACGCGCCUCUACGAGUUCCGGCGCGGCGUCAAGCGCUGCGUGUCCAUCGCGUGCCUGGCCUUCAGCGCGUGCGGCGCCUACCUGGCCGCCACCUCCAACACGGAGACCGUGCACGUGUUCCGGCUGGGCGAGGCCGCGCCCGCGCCGCUGGAGCCCGCGCCGGCCGGCGACGACGAGCCGGCCGGCUGGAUGGGCUGGCUGUCCAGCGCCGUGUCGGCCGGCGCGGGCUACCUGCCGGCGCAGGUGGCCGACGUGCUGGCGCAGGGCCGCGCCUUCGCCGCCGCGCGCCUGCCGCACACCGGCUACCGCGCCGUCGCCGCCAUCACCAACGUGGCGCGGGCGCCGCGGCUGCUGGUGGCCACGGCGCAGGGCGUGCUGUACGUGUACGCGCUGGACGCGGCCGAGGGCGGCGACUGCGCGCUGCUGCGCCAGCACCAGUUCCUGGAGGGGCCGGCGGCGGGCGCGGCGCCGCAGGAGGCGGCGGCGCUCUCCACUAGCAACAGUUACGCGGGCGCGCUGCGCGGCCGGGACCCGCUGCGGAUGACAGAGUCGGAGCGGGCCGCCGAGCUGGGCGCGGCGCUGGAGGCGCCGGCGCGGGGCCCCUUCGACCUGCGGGACCCGAAGCACUUCCCGCCCAUGCGCGGCGAGCCGGCCGCGCGCUAGCCACCUCGCCGCUUGUACAUAUGUGUAUAAUAUAGAUUUACUUAGCUAUACAAUGUUUAUGUGAUAUCAAACCUGACGACGGAUGACUCCGUGAGAGCUUGCGUCUUUGUGUGUAAAUUAAUUACUGUCGCGUUUCUAUGCUAUGAAUAAAUAAAAAAAAUCUGUAAACCCCUAAGAUAAAAUUACAUUGUGACUUAUGUAUAUAUGUACCGAUAUAUAUUUAAUACAUUCAUCAAUAAAUACUUUGUGGUUAGCGCUGCCAUCCUUUUGCUGUCUAGGUCCAAGGGAAUAUUCGUACCUAAUGAUACUGAUCUCCGUAUCUAAAUUCAUUCUUAACUGCAUACGAUAACUUAAGAGCUGCAUUUCAGUUUCAUUCGCUCAACUUUCUCGAGACGUAUUUACUUUUUCAUAUGUAAUAAAAGGUAUUACUACCUUGAAAUACGAGGUUAUGUAAUUACCUUCCCUAAUGAGCGGCGUUGUCGACGUCCAUUGUCGUGCCGCUGCGCACGGUCAGAGCGAGGCGUCGUGAGUGGCGGCCGCCUGGCACACACGCUGCCUGGCUCUUUACAUUGGAUCCGAGAUAUUGCCAAGUACUGUGUUGUGAUGGCAGCUCUACGCCGUCGGACGUCCCUUGUUUGAAAGUGCGCACACGACUAUUAUAACAGAAAUACUUGGAUCCUUAGAGUAGUGCGAUCGAAGCUGGGCUAUGAACAGCUGGCGGGCGCGCGGUACAACGCGGGCUCACAGGCAGCUAACUAGCUAAUAAAGAUACAGACGUCAGCACACCAAUCUGUCAAAUGUUGCCAUCAACAUUGAACCUUAUACGUAAGAGAUAAAGUUGAAAUUCUAUUAAAGUUUUAAACAUUUUAGUAGCUUGAUGUACUGGCGUCUGUGGACUCUCUGUAGGUUUUAUAAAGUUUUAUUCAUUUACGACUUUCAUGUAUACAUGUAUUAACUAAUUUUGAGCGGUAGAUUAUAAAAGGGAUAUAGAAUUUUCCUCCAAGAAAAUUAAUGACGGAUUUGACAAUACAAUCUCAAUUCGGGACAUAAGCAAAAAUUGUGUGGGUAUUCAAGUCGUUAACUGUAUUAAAAUUACAUUAUUGAUUACUAUUUUCUUUAUACAAUUCAGUUUGUAGUGUUUCAUCAUAAGACUUGUACGGGCCGAUGGUGUGCGAUGUGCACACUCCGUCGCCGCUGUAUAGCAAUCUUGCUGUCACUAACGAUCGAGUGAUAUGUGUAGUAUAAUUGAGCUUAUAAUUCUAGAAGUACCGAACAGAAAAGUAAGAACAGAGGGAUAAAAAGAUAAAUUACGUAUCUUAAAAUCGUCCUUAUGACCACGGCGUGUCUACCCUUCGUCGUCAUAUUUAGCUGCUUCUCGCAAUUCAACAACUAACUAUAGGUGCCCUGAUAAAAUAUAGUUUCUCAAUCAAUGAACCAAUGAAAAAAAAAAUACAAACAAACAUCCGACUUGAUAACCUCCUUUCUGGGAAGUUGAUAUAAGCCUUUCCGGGUAAAAAAGUAGGAAGGAAGUUAGUCACACGAGACGCGGGUGAAACCGCAAGUAACAGCGAGUAGUUGUAUAGGAAUAUUGUGUUUUUUUACAAAAUAGUACGCCCGGCUCGGCGAAUUUGUAGGAUGACAAGUCUCUCAGUGCGCAAACGUCCCUCUGCUAAUUUAAUCAUGUGUCAAUUGCAUAUCAAUUUUAACCUUACAGGGCAUUCUGGUACUAAUAUGUAUAAAACCAAUCCAUUGGACUUCUAUUAGUCUACAGAGUAGUCUGCUAUACAAUAGUAAAUCAAUUGCAGACAAUAUUACUACAUAUUAAUAGAAAAGUAUAAAGUAAUAGUUCAUUUAUUUGCAAUAAAUAUUGAGAGGUGGCUCGUGACGUCACUUUAUGUGAAAUGUUUAGGUACUUGAAAAGUGACGUAGCACGAAAUUCUAUCGUGUUGUAUCUUCUUUGUUAUUUAUUGUGAGCGAAAAAAAAUCGUGACUAUUAUCUAAAAGACGGACUCUUUACUUUCCCCAUUCCCCAUGUCUUUUCGAUUACGUCUCAAUUGAGGUAUUUGCGGAGUGCCCCAUUUGUCUCAAUCGUAAUGGAGUCGGGACUGUCAAAUUUCAGGGGCCCGAUUCUCCUAAGUUAAUAAUGGCAAAAUUGAAUAGAAAUCGAAUAGCAAUAUGAUCACAAUAGCAGUUUUAACCACUUCGGGCAUUCUAAUAUAAGACCAAUCGUAUUCCAACGACAUUCGAUUGGUUUGCGAUUGGUCUGCUAUUUUGGUGAUUUUGGUCUAUACAGUAGUUUGCUCUAUCUAUAAUCAUAUUGCAAUUGUAAACCAUUUGCAGACAAAAUGAUUCAUUAUUGUAUGACAGAAAAGGAGAAAAACUAUUAUUUCAAAGAAAAAAUAGCGGAAUGUCACAUACGCUUCAAUCGUAAUCGAGUCGUGAUUGGAUCGCAGUCGAAUGUGAAUCGUAUGUCGCUUAAGUAAAAUUUGGAGAAUCGGGCCCCAGGGGCUUAAUUUUACUUGAGCGACAUAUGAUUGAUAUCCAACUGAGAUUCAACCGUGACUCAAUUUUGAUUGAAGCAUGUGGCAUUCCGCAAUUUUUCGUUUAAAUAAACGUGUUUAUCCUUUUUCUGUGAUUCAAUUAUGAAUUAUUUUGUCAGCCCAAUAUGAUUGUAGAGCAGACCAAUGGCAAGUCAGUGGAUACCUGUUAAGAUUAUUAUUUUUUACAAAAACGAUUGGUAUUAUACAGGAAUGAAUUUUAAGCAGUGCACAAAAAAAAAACUUGUGGUCCAGAAUCAUUAACAGAAAAUAUCUGCAUCAUCAGUAUUUUUAUUUAUUUUUUCAUUUUUUAUCCGCCCUAAAAUCAGCAAAUGUGGAUACUAACUAUUCUUACGCGCGCCGAGCAGAGCUCGUGUCAGUUAACCGGUUUCGCUUUGCCGCCGUGCCUACUAUGACGACUGUGACCGUACUUUUUUGUACUAAAACACAACAAAAUAAAAAUAUACGUAUCUUUAAAACUUAUUUAACUAUAAGUCGACAAAGUUUGCGCACUGAAUAAAAUUCAUUCCUGUAUAGGUAAGUAGCAGAAUUCCCGCAAAGGUUAAAACUGCUAUUGAGAUUCAAUCGAUAUCCAGUUGACACAUUAUUAAAUUAGCAGAAUUGAGCCAGAGUUGCUUGUCAUUUAAGUAAAAUUAGCAGACUUGACUGUUAUUAGAGAAAUACAACAUUUGUGAUGUUGACCUGUAAACGUUAUAUUUAUUUUAUUUAGCUGCAUUCGAUCAGUGAUCGAUGAUGUCCUUCAGACAUUAACACCCUUGGUAAAAUUCCAAGUAAACUAAGAUUGUAGUGACACAAUAUUUACAAGAACACGUAGCAUACACCGCUGAGACGCCGUGUGCAAAAAUGUACAUAUUAAAUAAAUAUUUUUACAAAACCA